ACCAAGAAUAUCGGCAGUGGACAGGUGGGAGUGAACAAGUUAAAAGUUCUAAAUGAAGUCUUAGACUCUUAAUUACCACUACUGAGCAUAGUCAAACAUCUGUUUGUCCUUGUAAACAAUGGAGGGACAGCUGAACAAGUACACCAAUGUAGUGAAAGGCUGGCAGUACCGCUGGUUUGUCAUGGAUGCAGACUCUGGAAUGCUGGAGUAUUUUGAGAAAGAGGAGCACAAGAAACAGAGACCCAGAGGAUGUGUCCAUCUUGCGGGGGCUGUAAUUUCCCCAUCAGAUGAAGAUUCACAGACUUUCUCGGUCAGUGCUGCUAACGGCGAAAUUUACAGACUUAAAGCUGGCAGCACCAAGGAGAGACAACUGUGGAUAGACAAACUUCGAACCACCGCGGAAUACCACACAAAUCACAUGACAAGUGGUGGACAGCAAGCUCUUCGUCGUGAGUCUCGGUCUUCCUCGCUCUUAAAGACCAUCACAGAAACGGGGUCGACCAGGAGGAGGCCAGACACGGCGUCACAGGACCUCCAACAGAGGGCACAUAAAGCCCCUGCCCCCCGCCCACACACACUGGACCCAUUCCGAGAGGUCAAGGAGUACAUUUCUGAAGCCAACGACUAUGCUGUUCAUCUCAGGGAAAAAAUUGAUAGUCUUUCUGUGACAGCAGAGCCCAUAGGUGGUCUGGAUAAAGACCUGCUCCUAUUAAAAGCAACUUCAGCUGCAACCCUCAAUAGCCUUGGGCAUUGUCUUCAGAUGCUUCAACAUCAACAGGGCGGAGCCCCAUAUGAUUGGCAUGAAUCGUUUACAAGAAGUCGUAUACCAACUAGACGGACAUGCAGGCACAGUCAAAGACAUAUCUCAAUAUCAAGUAGCAUAGAGGAGAGGAAUGGGAGUUUCUCCUCGGUCACAUCUGCCCCAGGACCAAUCAUCUUCCCCGAGGAGAAACCCGAAGGACCGAUUAAUCAUGAAGAUGAGGAAGAAGAUGAGAAAGGUUACACAGACGAGGAUCUAUCAGGGGUGGAGGAACACAAAACAAUCAUCUUACAUCUGUUAUCACAACUUAAACUGGGCAUGGACUUAACAAAAGUGGUGCUUCCAACCUUUAUUCUGGAGAGGCGUUCUCUUCUGGAAAUGUUUGCAGACUGCAUGGCCCACCCAGACAUGUUCUUAAAAAUACCUGAUCUCCCUGACCCCGAGUCCAGAAUGCUGGCUGUGAUAGAGUGGUACCUGACCUCAUUUCACGCUGCCAGACAGGGAUCUGUUGCUAAGAAGCCCUACAACCCAAUCAUUGGGGAGACAUUCCAUUGUUCCUGGAAGAUUCCUAAGAAAUCACAGAACAUAUCAAACAAUAGUCAACUGGAGAGCUCUGUUGAUGGGGUCACAGGGUCAAAUGGAAUAGAUGGGUCACAGCCUAAUGGUACUGAUGGGGACUUAAAGCUGGUCUACUGUGCUGAACAGGUGUCCCAUCAUCCUCCUAUCUCUGCCUUUUACUUUGAGUGUCCCGAAAAACAAAUGUGUAUGAAUGCUUCCAUUUACACCAAAUCCAGGUUUUACGGCAUGUCUAUCGGAGUUAAUCUGAUAGGGAAAGUAAGUCUAAGAUUACUACAGCAUGGCGAGGAGUACGUUUUUGGGAUGCCUAGUGCCUACGCCCGCUCAAUCCUGACUGUCCCCUGGGCAGAAAUGGGAGACAAAAUUUCUAUCUCUUGUGCCAAAACUGGAUACUCAGCAGCUGUCACUUUUCACACCAAGCCAUUUUAUGGAGGAAAACUUCACCGAGUGUCUGCAGAAGUGAAGGACAACUCAGGGGAGAUAAUCUGUCGCAUCCAGGGAGAAUGGAACAGUCAGCUGGAGUUCACAUAUAAAGAUGGUUCAAAGAAAACCAUUGAUGUUAAGGACAUUCCUAUCAGAAAGAAGCGAGUUCGGCCGGUGAAGUUACAAGGAGACUUUGAAUCUCGUCGUCUCUGGCAGCAUGUAACAAACGCACUCAAAGUGCAUGAUGUCAACACAGCAUCAGAGCACAAGAGAGUGCUGGAGGAGAGACAGAGAGAGGGAGAGAGACAUCGAAAAGAAACAGGAACGCCAUUCCCCACUAAGUUCUUCCAUAAAGAAGAUGAUGGAUGGUUGUUUAAUACCCCAUUACAGAAGGGCGACACAAAGGGAACAAUAUAGAGAGAUGUGUCAAGCUAUUCGUGAUGAGGGGAUGUGAAGAAUCUACAAGAGGGGGUGUAUGAUACAGAGAUCUGGGAGUAUUGUCUUUAAGCCUGUGAUAUUCAAGUGCUAUCAAACUUAUUGUGAUAAACUUUUUUUUCAGGAAGCAUUAUUCAAGUUCAUCUUCUAGCAAUAUACACAGUGAUGUGUUCUGAACAAGUUUUAAUUUGAAUUUUUGAUUAUUUAUGUACUUACUUGUACCAUGUACAUGUAUGCUUUA